AUGAGGAAAUUUGUGCUUCUUACUGUCCUUGUCGCUCACGCUUACGGGUGUGGGCUGCCCACCUUCCCCCCUGUGGUAACCAGAGUCGUGGGAGGAGAAGACGCUAGACCUCACAGUUGGCCGUGGCAGGUCUCUCUUCAGUUCUCUCGUGAUGACCAGUGGAUUCAUACGUGUGGAGGAACAUUGAUCUCCACUGACUGGGUCCUCACUGCUGCUCACUGUAUAAGUAGCAGCAACACUUACAGAGUGGAGCUGGGCAAACACAACCUGAAGGAGACGGAGGAGGGCUCUGUGGCCGUCGCUGCUGGAAAAAUCAUUGUCCAUGAGAAAUACAACGUCCUUUUAAGCCGUAAUGACAUUGCUCUGAUCAAGCUGGAGACUCCGGUAACCUUCAGUGAGACUAUCAUGCCUGCCUGUAUUCCUGACGUUGGCGUCACGCUGGCCCACAAUGCUCCUUGCUAUAUCACAGGCUGGGGUCGCCUUUGGACUGACGGUCCUGGUGCUGACAUCCUGCAGCAAACUCUGCUUCCUGUGGUGGAUCACGCAACAUGCUCACUCCCAGACUGGUGGUAUGUUCUGGCUACUGAAGACAUGAUCUGUGCUGGAGGAGACGGGGUGGUGGCUGGCUGCAAUGGUGACUCUGGUGGACCUCUGAACUGUCAGCACCAAGAUGGGUGGUGGGAGGUCCAUGGCGUGGUGAGCUUUGGAUCAGGGAUGGGCUGCAAUUAUCCCCAGAAACCUACUGUGUUCACCAGAGUCAACUCCUACAUUUCCUGGAUCAAUACUGUAAGUGUAAGAUUCCGUGCAAAUCACAAUCAACAGCUAAAAGGCAUUCAUCCCAGGAAGAGAACUGCUUAA